UGCCUCGCGGACACACGCGUAUGCUCGACGACGUGGACGUGGCAAGAUUUUCGCAUGAAGGUCGCACGAGGCCACGCUGCUCACGAUAUCUCCACAUGUGGUGUUGCAAGAGCUGAGGCUUGUACGCAUGGGUGACUUGGCAAUGUGUGUGUGUGCCACUGACCAUGUCGCCUGGAUACCUACAGCUUGAGCUCUUGCAAGAAGACACUGGUAUGAGUUUUUCAAAUCUCACUUUUACAGAAGAUUCGAUGUCUCUCGCCGUCGAGAAGUUUCAAAUACUUGCUGCCAAGAAUCACAACUUUGUCGACAGGAGACUGCGAAUUGGGAGCAGGCAUAUAGCAGGCUCUCCCGAGCACAGUUGUUUUACUUUCAAGAUGCAUCACGACAAGCGUAGGCCAUGGCGACAUGCUGUUUAUGAGAGUUGCCGAGUCGUCAUGGACCUCGAAAACGAAGGCGAACCGCGUCACGCGAGCGAGCCAAGUAGCUUGGCAGCUUUGCUUAUCCACACAAGAAAAGAAACCCGAAGCAAAGCAAAGCAAAGGAAAGCGUUGCGCCGAAAUGGCUGUUGCUUGUUCAUUCCCGUUGACGUUAUGUUAUGCGAUGCGCUUACCAGUCCACUCGUUUGACAUUUCAAAAUUGCAGCUCUCCAGAUGACCAUCUCCGAGGAUCGAGGACAUUUGUGGGUGUAAUACGAAACGCAGUUACUCUAGACGUGCGGCGAAAAAGUCCAGAUGACUGCGUGACACAAGGGCGCGUGGUCGAGACACAAAAGAGAGGGUCAUAGAGGGACCCGGGAAGAUCGUAAUCCGACAGUGGAGUAGACUUUGGUGCCUUUGCACGAUGACCGUUUUUAGGAUUUCGAGCUUGACAUCGAAAGCGAGACCACGGGACAUCGGCCGAAGGAGAACU